UAUAUAUAUAUAUAUGAGAUUAUGUAUGUAUAUGUGUGUAUAUAUGAGCAAGUGUAUGUGCGCUGCGAUGAACUGAAGGUCACAUCAGAAUCGUGGUUAUGCCUUGGCUACUAACACACCGCUUUCCAUAACAACCCGGCACACACGCACACACAUGUAUCGCUGUAUACAUCUGCGCACGCGCGCUUCUGUGUAUGUCUGUAAAUAUACAGUUUUACUCCUGUCACAUGUAUACAUUCUUAACGUCAGUAUGUAUAACAGUGUGUAACCCGUCUUGGUUCCUGUAGUGAGUUAUAUACGUAUAUACAUACACAUGAAAACAAUAUAGUAUAUAUAUUUAUCUAUAUUUAUAUACACAAACCUGGACAUAUAUAUAUAUGUGUGUAUGUAUGUGUAAAUAUAUACAUACAUGUAUAAAUAUAUUUUUAAUUUUUCCUUGUCACCGAUAAAAUAUCUAGCAGAAGCCUCUUGGAUCGGUGCCAUGCUUGAGAAAAAUUAAACUUCAUAAAUUGCUUUCCAAGAAUGGAUAAUAAACAAAGCAUUAGGUUGAUUCAACAAUGGAAUUGAUUUCUUCUUCACUGAAUUAGAUUAGAUGAAAAUCGCGCCAAUCUGGAGGGGCUUACAGCCCCCUUGAAUCGAUAAAAAAUCACUCUUCUCACCAUAGCAACAGCAUCUUUGCAGAUGCGCUACAGUGAAUACAAGUGGUAGCUAUAUCAUUGUAUCACUCUGAGGCCAGUGAACAUCCAUAUUUUUGUACGGCUGUCGUAGAUAUUAGCAGCACAAUGCCAAAGAGAAAGCUAGAAGGCGACUUCUCUUCAGAAUCUCAAAGCGGUCUGAUGGCUCUCGCUUUAGAUGUUACUCCUCCCCAAUCUGAGAUUGAUGAAAGCAGUAGCUUCAGUGCUAUUACAGAUAGCAGUGUGGAUGUACCUUUUUCUGAGCCAAGAAGCAAGCGUCAAAAGAAAUCUGUCAAUUUUGAUAAAGUGACAGUGUUCUAUUUUCCUCGUACUCAAGGUUUUACCUGUGUACCUAGCGAAGGUGGUUCCACAUUAGGUAUGUCUGGUAAUCAUUCUUAUGUGGAAGACUUUACUCUACCUGGUUAUGCCAAAGAACAAAAACGAAUUCACAAGUUGAUACUCAAAGAACAGCAGCAGAAUGGUAAAAUUAUUCCCCCAAGUCGUGUUGCUUUUUUGCGAUCCGUUGAAGAGGAUAGUGACUCAGCUUCAGAGUCUGAAAGUGACAUUGAAGUUGAUGAGUAUUUUUUCUUGCAACCAGUACCAAUCCGCCAGCGCCGGCUAAUGCUUCGAGCAGCUGGUGUACGUAAGAUUAACAGCCAAGAAAGAGAUGAAUGCCGACAAAUUCGGCAAUCACGUGAAAUCUGUGGCUGUCAAUGUAAAGUGUUUUGUGAUCCAGAAACCUGUUCUUGUAGUUUAGCUGGGAUCAAGUGUCAAGUUGACCGGCUCUCUUUCCCUUGUGGCUGUAGUAAGGAUGCCUGUGGGAAUAUUGCCGGUCGAAUUGAAUUCAACCCGAUACGGGUUCAGACUCACUUUAUUCACACGUUAAUGCGGAUUGAGCUGGAAAACAAAGAAAAAGAAUUGCAUCCGGUCCUUACACCUAAAUCUAACUCAGAAGAUAGUAGUGAUAUCAAAAAUACCAAUAUUGACUUGACAGAAUUUAAUAGCAACGAACGAGGCAGCUGUCGUGACUGCCAAAAUUCAGAGGUUUGUCAGGUGAUGAUGCAUGAAGCCCAGUACGCAUCAAUGGAGGCAGAGCACCAUCAGCAGAAUGCUGUCCAACAUUUUAACCAUCAACAUCAGUAUAAAGAUCUGGAGAGUUUACAAGCCAAUGGCCAUGUUGAUGCUCUUCCUCGUGUUCUGCUAUUUAAUGAUAGUGAUGAUGAGAUGUAUAAUACAGAAAAUGCUUCUUUGUAUGGCUUUAAACAAGAUGAUAGUUCAUAUUCCGAAACCAGUGAGUGCUCGAGCGAAAGCAGUGUCAACUUUGAUGGCAAUGAUUAUCAAAAAACUUAUCAAAGCUUGUCCUCUUUCGAUGAGGAAACUAACCAAGAGUAUUGUGCUAGUGGCUCAAAUGGGAUUAAUGACAAUUCCCAUUGCCACCAACAACAGCAGCAGCAAAUUCAGCAUCAACAACACCAACGCCAUCUUAAUAACAAUAUCAACACCAAUAGCAAACUACAUUGUCACCAACAACACUUCACACUCAAUGGUAAUCUUCAUAAUGGAGAGACUAAUAAAUAUAUUCAAUUGAAUAAUUCGACAUCUGCUUCUUCAGUCUACAAACUGGAACCUGUGUCACAUCUGAUGAACCCAUUAAACAGUCACACAUUUGACAGCCAGUCAACACAACCGUCAAGUCAGUCUGCUAAUAGUUGGUCAGAUGACCAAUCACGUUCUAUAAACCCAACUCCUUUCUUUGAUGAACCCAUUUCCAUAUACGCAUCAUUGACUGACACUACAACCGAUCAACUGGCCACUAACUGUCCAGCUAUCUCCUCACAUAUGAACAAUUACAACAACCACCAUUCUGAAUUCAACCACCACCAAGGGCAAAAUAUGUCAAAACUACGUAACAUGCACAACCAUUCUAAUGGGGCUUACAAUGGCUAUAGUAUAGAUGAAUCUCAUACAGGGGCAUCACCUGGAAUCACGUCUGAACAGUCUCUCAUGUCUUUCUAUCCAUCUAACUCAGAUUCCAGUUUACUAACAUCGUCCAAUGGCAACCCAACAUCGGUGCCAUCUAGUACAGAAGAUAUGCAGCUGUUUUCUGAGCAGGAUAGUUGCUCUAGUGCAUUCCAAGAUAAUAGUUGUUCUACUUUCAAAACCAACAAGGACUCUUCAUGUUUUCAGCAUAGUGACUCUGGAGGUCAAAACUUUGGGGAAAUCAUAAAAGAAUCAAUAGUUGAAACUGUUUCUGCUUAAUAAAGGCAUAGAAAGUUCCAUAGUUGCCUUAAAAAGAGACUGUUUAAAGAUUCUUUGAAAGGACAAAGUUUUAUUGUAAAGAUGUGUAAAAUAAAAGGUAUAAAAUGCUGGAAGAAAAAUGAAAAUAAAUAUAAAGACAAAAACAGAUUUUAAACAAAAAUGAAAUUGUUAUUCUUUGAGGACAAAUAAAAUAUAAUUAUAUUGAUUAAAAUAUAUGAUAUCAGAUGUGGGAAUGGGGGUUUGUUGAGACUGAGUCAAUAGUUAAAGAUCUACUCUGAGUGAAUAAAAAAAAAAAAAACAAUAAUCACUAAAAUGAGUAGCUGACUGAUUGAAAGACUCUGAAUAAACUGCUGAAGUUAGAAUUUACUG